UGGCGUCUCGUAGCGAAAGGCACGCCCACCCCGCGGACACCGGCACACAAUACGGCCGUUUACGCGUACCGCACACGCAGUGCUCGUUCGGGAAUAAACCCGCCAAAAGCCGUUUUAUUCGACUGUUCCGGCUCGCCGUCGGAGGAUCGCCGCGGAUCCGGCUACCGGUUACGCGCUCCCGCAAUUUUUGUCCAUCGCAUAAAUACGAAACGGGUUCGCGCCUCUUUUUAAUCUGACGCUCGACCGUUUUUAAACAAUUUCUAGUGGUUUUGGUGCUGUGGCCGGAUACGGACGGUGCUGUUGAAAUGUUCGGGUACCAGUUCUUUCAUCUGUUCAGCGUCUUGUUGCUUUGUCAUGAAUCAGUGGGUCUGCGCCUCACCAACAUGACGGCCCCAUCAAUCCAAGAUCCCAGGCACGAGAUGCAGCUGUACUGCAAGUUCGACAUGGGCGGCGAGGAUCUGUACGCCGUCAAGUGGUACAAGGACGACCACGAGUUCUACAGAUACGCACCGUCCGGACCGACGAACUACGUCCAGUAUCCGGUACCGGGUGUGACGGUGGACACCAACAGGUCGCACUGCACCAGGGACACGUGCGAACUGUGGCUGGUGGCGUUGCAGAGGCCGUACAGUUCGGGCGCCUACAGAUGCGAGGUGUCCAGCGAGGCGCCCGCCUUCCGCCUGGCGUCUCAGACGUACAACAUCACGGUGGCAGUAAUUCCAAAAAAUCCACCCCAGAUAGAACAACUCUCUGAUAGUUACUCUACAGGAGCACUGCUGGUUGCAAUUUGCACCUCAGGAAUGGGCGACCCGAAACCCAGGCUCACCUGGUACGUCAACAAAGAGUUGGUGCCAUUGAAUCAAGUGAAAGAGCUGCCAUCUAAAUCCGUUGCGGAUAACAAAAACAACAACGUAGUGCUUAAAAACGCAGUAUCGAAGCUGACGCUGACUUUGGAUAAGAAAUUAACAGGUACUGAACCUUCCACCUCCUUUGAAAUUAAAUGUGUGUCUUCAACUGAUGGCAUUAAUCCAAACAUAGCACCACAUCUUUCCACUACUCGUAACAUUAUGAUUAUUGAUGAGAAUCAGCUGGUUAACAACCAAAAGUUACACUGGCCAUCAAGCUCACAGAAAAUUAAUUCGGUGCUGUAUUUGCCAAUUCUCACAAUGAUCAUGUAUUUGUUUGUAUGUUGAAGUAUUUGAAUACUACUAUGUAAACGUGAUAUCAGACUGUAUAAGUAUAUAAGAACUAGUAUAAAAUAUAUGUUUACCUUAAAAAAAUGAAUCAUAUCACCAAAUCCUUUGAGAAUCCUACCCUAUAGACCAAACCUAUAUAUGUGAUAGAUUGUGUUUUAUAUGUAAAAAAAAACUGAAAAUUAAGACAAAUCUUCAAAAUUAUAGUUGGUAUAGAUGAUUCGAGUCAGUCCAAGGACCCAACACUGAAACAUAUUGCUCAAAACUUUAGUAUAGCAAAAAUUUAUUCGCCAGCCCAUUAGACACACAAUCUAACAGAUUUAUUUGGACUGACCUAUACUUUUGCUAAAUGUCAAUAUAUGGGCUAAAUUGCAACUGCACUUUUGUCAUAUACAGGGUAUUCAAUAUAUAAUAGUCCGAGUUCUUCAAACUGUGUUAGAUAAGCUUUCUAGUCUUUAAGCCGUGACUUUUGUCACCAGGUAGUGAUUUAGAUUUAUAGUCACACUAUGAAAAGUUUGACAACAUCGAAACGUGUGGGUGUUCCGUUUUGAUUGGGAUGUAUAGGUUUUGUUAUAUCAAAUGAUAUGUUAUUGCCAGGUUUUAAUUUUCAGUUUUUUCUCUGCCUCGGUUCUAACUAUGUUUUUACAAUAUCUGUCUUCUAAAUGAAAAUUGAGUAGUGUAUGCAUACUACAUGUGUUUGGUGCGGUGUGGAGGAAUCCAAAAAUGUUGAAACUGGCGUUUAAUAUACGUUUUUUACUUGUUAAAAAUCUACAUUUUUUAAUGUUAAUCAUAUAAGAUAAGUCACUUUAAUAAAUUUUUUAAAUGACUAUAAAAUUUGAAUACAUUGAAAUUUCAUCAUAAUCGUUUUUAGAAAGUGACUUAUUUUUUGUAGUAUUUGUAGUAGUUAAACUUGGUUGUAUAUUUUUAUAAACGUUGAACAAUACCUACCAAGUUUUUAUCCUUUGAUGUUUGGAAUUGAUUGUAGGAACUGAUCUUUGAUUUAAUCAUUUGUAAACUCUCUAUCACACACUUCGCUUUAUAAUUUGAAUUGUAAAUAUAUGGGUAGAAUAUGUAUAUACUUUAAUACUAAAUUUGGCAAUAAUUCUAAUCAAAUUGAUAUUAGAAUCUAGAAAUUGUACUUUAAAAUUUAAUAUGGCGGCGCAACAAAUAUAUAUUGUUAAUUUAACUUGCCACUAAAAAACAAAUCUAGUUUUAAUUUUAAUUUUGCACUUUAUAUUGUAUAGCACGGUGUAACUAAAUGUCCGUAAACUAGUCACGUUUUGCUGGAAAGAAAUAAUUCUUUGCUAGCUGUGACUGGAUUGCGUGUUAAAACAAAUAAAAUAAUUUAAAAAAUAUAUCGAAUAUGAUAAAUGAAUAAAUGUCCAAACAUAACAAUUAUGGAAUAACAAAUCAAGCAUUUAAUUAAUGUAUGUUUGUUGGAAAAACAUAUAUAUUAACUGUGUUAAUAUAUACA